AUGAUACGAUAUAAUAGCAUAAGAUUAAUAAAAUUACUAAAAAGAAAUAAAAAUAUAUAUUUAUCUUUUUUUGAAACUAAAAGAUAUGUUUCUUAUGAUACCUUGGCAGGUAUCCCAUGGAUGGGCCAUAGUCGAAUUACAAAUAUUUUUGAAAGGAUUUCAAAUGAAGGCCCAUUUGAUAAAAUAACAUGGGAAAGAUUAAGUGAAAGGACUGAUAAAAUUUAUAAUAGUUUUAAUUCAAAAGAAAUAGGAAGAAUACUUUAUUCAUAUUCUAAAGUAGGAUAUAGAGAUAUAAAAAUAAUUUACAAAUUUAUAGAAAAAAUAAAAUAUAAAGAAAUAGAUAAAACCGAUUUAUUAUCUUUUGCACACAUAUGCCAAGCCUUAAAUAAUUUAAAUUAUUUUGAUAAACAAUUUUUUGAAAUUGCAUUAUCUCGUAUAUUAAAAAUUAAAAUUGAUAAUAAUUCUUUUCCAAUCAUUGUUAUUUUAAAUGCAUAUGCAAAACAUUGUAAUGAUCAAACAUAUCGUUAUAUGUGUUUAAAGUUGUUAAUAUAUUUUACACAAAAUUUUGGUAACUAUAAAGAUACAUGUUCAUCCCAAGGUUUAGUAAUGUUAUUAAAUUCGUUGUCUCAAAUAAUUAAACCAUCUCCAGAUUUCUUAAAACCUAAUGAUCCAAACUUAAACAAAAUAUUCAUAUCAAACAAUGAUAAAAGUUAUUUAUCAAAACAAACUUUUCAUUUCAAAAGGACAGGAAAAAUAACAAACAUUAUACAUGAUGACUAUAUAUCAGUAUCGAAUGAUAUGAAUCAAAAUUUAAUUAAACUUAAAAUCGAUGAUGAAAAUUAUAAAAAAAGUAUUUUGCAAAAUGAGGAAAAUAAUGAGAAAUCAGAAAAUAAUACAAAUAACCAUAUAUCUAUUAAUAUAAAUAUUGAUGAAAAAAAAUUUAUGAAAAAUGAACACAGUAAUUGGAUGAAUGGUACAGAAGACAAUCCUGAAUUUUAUGAUAAUGCAAACACACAAAAUGAAGUAGACAAACAUUAUGAUAAUAUAAUAGAAAAAAGUGAAAAUAAAGAAAUAUUAAAACAAUUUUUUGAUAUACUAUUAUUAGAAAUAAGCAAAAAAAUUGAAAAUAUGAAUCCACAAUCUUUAUCAUUGAUAAUUAAUUCAUGUUGUAGAAUUCCUUUUCAUGUGUCUACAGAAUUUUUAAAAAUAAUUUGUGAACAAAUAGAUAAAACUCGAAAUUUAUUAACAAUUCGGCAUUUAUCACUGGUAAUUAAUGGAUAUAUGAAAUUAAAAAUUAAAAAUAUAGAUUAUAUUUCAAACAUAUUUAAAGAAAUAGAAAAAAAAAUACUAUCUUGUGAUGACCAACAACUUUGUUUUAUAUUAAGCGGGAUUUCAAAGUUAAGCAAUGAUAAUUUUAAUUAUUGUAAAGAUAAUAAAAAUUUAAUGAACAAAAUAAAUUCUAAAAUUAUUUUGAGCAUACGAAAAAUGAACAUAUCAACUUUGUGUAAUAUAAUGUAUUACUAUGCUAAACUAAAUAUUUAUAAUGAGGAUAUAUUUAAUUUAUUUCAAAUUUAUUUAAAAAAUUUAUUAAGCAAUGCAAAUAUGCACCAUCUUUCUCUUUCUGCAUAUGUGUUUGGAAAAUAUAAAAAAAAAAAUAGUUUAAUUGAAUUAGUAUUAAAAAAAAGCGAAGAAAUAUUGCUAAAAAAAAUCGAAAGUAAAAACAAGACUAAUUCAAUGAAUAUAGAAAAGUAUUUUCUUAUCUACGACAUGAAAGAUGCGCUAAUUUUAAUAAAUAGUUUUAGCGAAUUGAAUAUAAAAUCGGAUAUAUUAGGAUCCUACUUGUAUGAUAUUAUACAUAUAAACCAAAAAAAAAUAAAUUUAUUUAAUGAAAAUUAUGACCAUGGUCAGAAUAUAAUUUCAAACAAAAUGCACACAUUUAAGCAUAACAUCGCAUUUUUAAAUGAGCAUGUCCAGGAUAAACUUUUAAAAAAAAACAUUUAUUUAUCCCCCAAAACGAUAGCUCUGUAUGCAGAUUGGAUUUGCUCCCCAAAAAAUAAUGAUUGA